AAGCUUAGUCUGGCCAGGCAGGCUAUCUACAGCAUUUCCAAGCUCCCGAAAAAUCGGGAACCAAUCAACUUUGAGCAUCUCCAACGGCCCUGGGUAGAGGCGUGUUCAAGGCAGUGACGUAGUAGAACUGCGACCGGAAGCCAUAGAUUGUUUACAGAAUCUAUGCCGGAAGCGCUUCAUUCACAUCACGAACAUGGAGCAGCGGCAAGCCUUUAACACAGCGGUAGAUGCUGUAUUGAAAGCAUUCAACGGGAAGUUCUCAUUGAAAACGGAGCAAAGAGCAGCCCUGGAGGAGGACAUACCUGCUGACCUGGACCAUGAGCAAUGAGUCUGCCAUCUGGAAAAACCUAACUGAGAACCCCACAGAGUUCCAUUUGGAGCAUGGGGUGCAGGAUGGCUACGUCCUCCAGCUUGUUCUUUUGUCCAUCUUCCUCGCGGUGACGCUUAUCCUUGUGUCUGUCCUGUUGAUUGCCUGUCGCUGCUGUUGUGAGGGGGACUGGAGCUAUGCUCGGUUCAUUCCCUGCUUCAGGCGUAGUGAUGAUCCCGAGAAGACGAGCACCUCCUAUAUUGAGGAAACGCAGCCUGUGCAUGAAAUCACGAUCCGUGUGGAUGAGUCAGAGUGUUUGUCAGCAGCCAGCUCCCACGACAUGGAGACUGAGCGCUUCCUGUCCACGGGAAGCACCGGUCGGCGUGUUUCCUUCAAUGAGGCAGCCCUCUUCGACCACAGCAAGAAGCCACAGGAGAAAGGUCGAAGGUACACACUCACUGAGGGUGACUUCCAUCACCUAAAGAAUGCCAGGCUCACACAUCUCCACCUCCCUCCAGCUGCCCUGAAGAUCGUCACCAUCCACGAGUGUGAAUCAUCAGAGAACAACAUUGCCAUGACAACACGGCCUGUCGCUAAAUCCAGCCUCUCCAUCUUCCAGCCUCCAAUGCGCCCAUUGCCACAGACAGCUCUUAGUAGCCUAAGUCCCAGUUCAGCCCUGCCAGGCGAUUCUCUCAACUCCACUGUGGAUGCCAGCUUCUGUGAAAGCCCACCAUCUCCCAGCCCAGAGCCUCCAAGACCCAGCUUGAUGGAAGUCAGAGGUGCCAGCUUGAGGAAUGGAGGCAGCCCAGGCAGUGGGCGAGAUGCGGCACGUGCUUCAGCCUCAGGCGUCUCCUCUUCAACCAGUGCCCCUCAGGGUCCAGUAUUGCAUUUCUUUACCAAGCUGCGGCGGCAUGCCAGUCUGGAAGGAGCCAGUCCUUACCUUAAAAUCAGGAGAUGGAAGUUUGACAGCAGCCAGAGAGCCUCCAGCCUGGACACCAGAGCAGGCUCCCCCAAACGAAGGCCAUUCCAGAGGCAGCGAGCAGCUAGUGAAAGCAUGGACCAGGAGGAGAAUGGUGCCCACCACAUUGACCUCAUCCAGUACAUCGCUCACACCAAGGACGUGGCUUAUUGCCCACCACGUCUCCUUUCCCCCCCAUCCACACCCCCACCGUCCCUCGGCAGGUUAGAGGUGGAGGUGAUGGUGGAGCCAAGCUGCAGCAGAGCAAUGGGGCCCGGGGUGAUUGGCCUGAGUGCUGAGCCCCAAGAUGAGGCUCCUGCCAUGGGCUGUCGUCGGGAGAGCACAGAUCACCAGAGCCUUUAUCGUGACAUUUGGACCUUGCGCGCCUCUCUGGAACAGUACAUCUCUGACCAAAGCAGCAACAAUGACAAAGACUCAGUGCAUAGUGAUGCAGACAGUGUGUCUUCACUUAGGCUUAGGAUGGAGAAGGGUGGAUUGCCCAGUUACCCCUCCCAGGACACUGGGGAUGGGAUGGAAGUGGAUGCAGAGAUUCCUGGCGAUGAAAGUGUAGAGAAAAGAAGAAAACAGGACAGUGUGGAUUCUGAAAAAGGUAGUGAUGAAUCAGGCACCCGGAAGCUUCUUCAAAUGGACAGUGGCUAUGCAUCUAUAGAUGCCCCAUCUCGUGCUCCUGAUGAGGUACGACUGUUCCGGAGCAGCAGUGGUAGCAAUGAAGAGUCGGGAUCAGCCUUGGAAUACAGACACUUCUUCACCAGCUCUGGGUACAGAGAAACAGUGUGUGAAAGCUUUGAGACAGAUAUCUUGGAUGAAGAACUUGAAGAUGAACCUGGGGGAGCUAGUGGAGGUAGUGAUGCAGUGAUGGAACUGGACAAGGGUAGUUUGGUGUGGUCACCCUAUGGGCAGAUGUUCACACAGAGUGAUGCUCAGUCUCGUGCCCCAGCCUUAUCUUGCCGGGACUACAGCAUAGAUGAAAAAACAGAUGCACUUUUCCAUGAGUUUCUGCGCCAUGAUCCCCAGUUUGACCAGCAGGAGUCACCAGUCCGCUUGAAGCACCGUUCUCGUGUGCAUCUACGCAAGCAGUGGCAGCGCUCCAAGCAGUACAGUGAUCCUGGCCAGCGCUUCCACUCCUCCUUUGACCGUUAUCGCACCCCACUUCGCCGUGGAGAGACCGUUAACUACCCUCUGGAAAGUAGCUACCACAGCACACUUCCUCGAAUUGUCAGUGGUCCAGAUGAGGAAAACAGUGAUAGGACUGCCAACCUUGCAGAGAUGCCUGAUUCCUAUCAGAGAUUGGGAGCUGCUAAUAAGAGUCUUGCAUCUCCAAAGUAUGACCACACAAAGCACUCUUCCAGUACUGACAUCAGUGGAGAUUUGAAGGAAACAGUAGAACUUGCACCCUCCAAACUCCCUCUGGUGGCUGAUAGUACUCUAGGUCAACCAGAAGCCCUUGCAGAAGAGUCUGGGCACACAGUCCAGCCUCUUGAGUCAACAAAUGUGUAUUCACUUCCACAGCUAACUGAAACUGGGUACGGUCCUCAGACAAUCACGACAGAGCUGAGUGAUAAACUGUCUGUAACCCUUGAAGAGCAUCUGUAUUCUGAUUUACGCAGGACCAGGGAACAACCUGAGUGUUUGCUGACAGCCACGCAUGCCUCACCCGACCACAGCCCAGUGUAGCACAUGGCUCCACUCAUCCCAACCAACUCUUUGCUGAUAUCUCAGUAGGGCUUCAGUGAUCAAAAGUUCAGUGGAAAUUACCCUUAGACACUGAUCUGGGACCAGGUUUGGUUGUCAUUUUAGGGUUAGGAGGGUUAGGAUGACAGUAGCAGAACACAGAGGGUGGAUCCUUGGUCAGCUUUUAAGGGGAACUUCAUUCUACAUCAUUUCCAGGGUUAAGUAAGUGGAGAUCAAGACCCUUACCUCACAUCUGACAUCUAACAUGGCAUUAAGUCAUUUUUGAAUGGUGUUUGUAUGGUUUACUGCUUUAUUCGGGCUCCAUUUAGUUAUGUGUUGAGUUCAAAAGCCAAUAUCUUCUCUGCACUAGGUAAUCCACUGUGAAAUUGGGUGCUACUAGACUUGCAAUUCAUAUCCUUUGGCUUUGAUUUGCUGUAUUUCUACACAGUAUUUUGAUUCAGCCUCUUUUCUUUGUGGACACUACACUCCUAAUUCAGAAACAGAAAGCACUAAUCAAUGAUAUAACCUUUGUCUCUGAUAUAAGCUUCUUUUAAUUUAUGUGUGUUAUAGAUUCAGUUCCUCUGUUCUCUAUUCCUCUUUCUAGCCCAUUCUCUCUGCUUGGCUUUAAUCAUGUCUGAAUGAUGACAAAAUGAGCUUAUGUAUGUUGCACUAUAAUGAUCUGUGUAUGCACUUUUCAUGAUUUCAACCACAGUGUUUGUUUUUCAUCAAGUGUCCUUGUCAUAGUGGUGUGUGGUUCAUACUAGAACUACUGGUAUGGGAGAAAAACUGCCUUUUGUGCAAUACAUGUAAUGUUGUGAGCUUUUGUUCUUAACCAUACUAUUUAUUAUUAUUGCUUUAGUAUUUAAUGCUAAUGUAUGUCUUUUAUAAGUGUCUGAAGAAAGAGAAUAGACUUUGUGUAUGAGGUUUUAGGUGCCAAAUCCUUAGGUCAG